GGAAGAGUGGGGUGUCCUACGCGGCUGUUUGCGCAAGCGUUGAAGCGGCGGCUCGCCGAUUGGAGACGGUGAGUCACGGGGCGGUAUGCCCCUGCCGGUGGGGGCGUGGCCGGCAGGGGCGCACCUCGCUACCAGACCGCUGGUUGGCCGGCGCAGAUCACAUGGUGCCGGGCAGCAGGCGGCGCGCGCCGGUGCGACGUCAACGCCGCCCGCUAAGCUUCCCCCGACCUGACCACCGCGGCCGGGCCUCGGCUGAGUACCCCGUGGGCCCGGGUCCGGCCGUUUGCUGAGUACCGUUGCGGCCACCAUGGACAACUCCGGGAAAGAAGCGGAGGCGAUGGCGCUGCUGGCCGAGGCGGAGCGCAAAGUGAAGAACUCGCAGUCCUUCUUCUCGGGCCUGUUUGGAGGCUCAUCCAAAAUAGAGGAAGCCUGUGAGAUCUACACCCGAGCAGCAAACAUGUUCAAAAUGGCCAAAAACUGGAGCGCUGCCGGAAACGCUUUCUGCCAGGCCGCCCAGCUGCACCUGCAGCUCCAGAGCAAACACGACGCGGCCACCUGCUUCGUGGACGCCGGCAACGCGUUCAAGAAAGCUGACCCCCAAGAGGCCAUUAACUGUUUGAUGAGAGCGAUCGAGAUCUACACGGACAUGGGCCGAUUCACGAUCGCGGCCAAGCACCACAUCUCCAUCGCUGAGAUCUACGAGACGGAGCUGGUGGACAUCGAGAAGGCCAUCGCCCACUACGAGCAGUCUGCAGACUACUACAAAGGGGAGGAGUCCAACAGCUCAGCCAACAAGUGCCUGCUGAAGGUGGCUGGUUAUGCGGCUCAGCUGGAGCAGUAUCAGAAGGCCAUUGACAUCUAUGAGCAGGUGGGAACCAAUGCCAUGGACAGCCCCCUCCUCAAGUACAGCGCCAAGGACUACUUCUUCAAGGCGGCCCUCUGUCACUUCUGCAUCGACAUGCUCAAUGCCAAGCUCGCCGUCCAGAAGUAUGAGGAGCUGUUCCCUGCGUUCUCUGGCUCCCGGGAGUGCACGCUAAUGAAAAAAUUGUUAGACGCCCACGAGGAGCAGAACAUUGACAGCUACACCGAAGCGGUGAAGGAGUACGACUCCAUCUCCCGGCUGGACCAGUGGCUCACCACCAUGCUGCUUCGCAUCAAGAAGACGAUCCAGGGUGACGAGGAAGACCUGCGCUAAGCGUCCCCAGCCCCCUGGCACCCGUCCUCCUGCCCCGUCUUCUCUACCCCCGCGCCCCUCCAGCGCGUGAGCCCAGAGACGUGGGGCCGAGACCUUGGCUGCGAGACCUCCCCUCCCUUCCCGCAGAGGAGUCUCCCCAAGCCGCGGUGCGGGCUCAGCACUGCCGCGGGGCCCCCGAGGCUGGGCCUGCCGGCCGGACAGUGCCCCUCUGUUCUCGCUGCACCCCCUCGCCUCCUCGCCUCCUGCCCGUUUAUUUAAUCCCCCCCCCCCCCCCAGAGGUGCCCUUCUCUACCCCAAACACAGAAUCUCUGACACAGACCUGUUUGCUGUGGGUGCCGCCAGGGGUGGGGGGUCAGCAUCUGGUCCCCCGCCUCCUGACCGGCUGAGUCGCAAGACUGGCUUCGGUCUCUCCCACCUGUCCUCCAGCCGAGCCCUGAGCACACGUAGCCGCUGAGAUUUGCUCUCCCCGUGGGGGCGGGCUCCUUCCCCUCCGGUGCCAGGAACCCCCACGGCGUCCUGCAGCCCUGACCUCUCAGGAUAGACCGCAGGCCCUGGACCUCAGAGGGCCGUCCCCGCGCCCACCCUGACAUCUCCUUCCCUAGUGCUUUGAGGUUUUGUGGUCGGAAGCUGCAGCUGGCCUGAGAAAGAAAAAUAAAAAAGAACACUUCGCAUGA